AUGAUGAAUGACACGGAUGAUGAGUCGGAUUUCAUGGAGCUGCCGCUGCGACAUAACGGAAGCAGACUGCUUGAUUCCGCGAAUGAUAACUUCUCUGAGUUGAACGAGGAUCUGGAUGGUAACUUACUACAUUCGGGAGAGAAGGACCAGAGCUCCAGCAGUCUAACUAAAAAGGUGAGAUUCGAGAGCAAUGAGGGUAAUGACUUCAAUGAACAGGCAACUAUCACAGAACACCAAGGUCUGGCUGCUAUGGACGGUGGCCCACACCAAGAGGAAGAGAGCAACGAAUUCAUUCUUCAUGCCCCGGGUCACAUAAGGUUAUCUGACCGGAACGGAAUAGAUAGCGACCUCAUGUUAGCAGAUCGGAGCCAGACAAGCUCGACUGUGAGCAAUAAGAUGGAUGUAGAAGAUCUGAUUAGAGCUGCAAGUGAAGUCAAUGAAUAUAUGUCACAGAAUUUAGACAAGAUCAAUAGUUUUAGAUCGGAACUGCUGAGCAGCACUGACUUCACCAGGGAUAAUAAAUUGAAGGAUCCUUCAAAUCAUUUAAAUGUGGAAAACACAUCUAUUUUGGCAAAUCCUGCUCAUAAUAUAUCAGGAUCGCUUUCUAAUUUUGAGUUAAGUGAUAAUGAAGACUCUGAACGGGACUCAGAUGAACUAAGAAAUUAUGUAAUGAAUCGAGAGAUCCUACUUUCCUCUUCAACAUCGCUCGGUUCUACAAGCGAUUUUGGCAGAAAGAGUUACAACAGCUCCACUUCGUUGUCAAAGUUAUUAAAUAAUAACAACUUUGAAGGUAGUCAACUGAACUUAAAUAGUGUACAGCAAGAGCUUCUGAAAACCCAACAAUUCAAUGACUCAAUCGACAUCGAUGUAGAUCAAGCAAUUACAGAGAUCAAGCAACGAAAACACAGCGACCACAGCGCUAGACAUGAACAUGAAGAAGUGAUGGAUUCUAGCACUGUACUGCUAUUAAAAUAUAUUGAUGAUGACAUCAAUUUUGAAGAUGUUACCAUCGAAAAAGCCCUUGAGAUAUACCAACAGAACUUAAGCCAAAUAAUGGAACUCUCUAAAUCAGCUGUAAGUAAGAGUGAUUUGACAGCUAACGAACAGAAUCCAGAAGAUCAUAACGAUAAUGAGGCUGAAAAGAGAGAUGAAGCAGAUAAUGAUGAAAGCUCAACCAAGAAAGGGGAUGAUAUCCGCGUCGAAGGGCCAUACGAGAUAGAAUCUCCAGCUGCCUUAAAUUUUACAAUGAAAAGCAAACCUUCUGUUUCCGCAGAAAUAUUUUUAGGUAGAAUUCAAAACAAAUGUGAGUUUGGUCCUAUUAUUUAUCUAGCUGCUGCAUAUCUGCUUCAAAUAUUAUUUUUGACAAGAGAUAAUCCAGACUCGAACAUCCGAGUACGACUGAAACUAAGGGAGAAUGAAAUACAUAGACUUAUUAUCUCGACAGUCCGUGUCUCAGCCAAACUUGUUGAAGAUUUUGUGCACUCACAUGAAUACUUUUCUAAAGUAUGCGGUGUCUCAAAAAAACUCCUGAGCAAGUUAGAAGUCUCACUGAUUAUGUGCAUUAAGAAUGAAAGAUUAAUGAUUACGAAACAAAAACUAACAGCAUCUCAAAAAAUAUUGGAUGAACUGCAAUCAGCAUUAUAG